AUUGGAAGGUGACACAGAGAGAGAGAGAGAGAGGUUGGGAUCUAGAGAGAUGGCGCUUGAGGCGGUGGUUUACUCCCACGGCGGCCACUUCGGCGGGUACGGGCUGAUGGCGAGCGGCGGCCCGGCGGCGGCGGCGGCGUGGUGCUGCGACGGUGGUGUGUUCGCGGCCGGUGGCGGCUCCGGCGGCGAGCCGUGCGGCGGGAGCUGGGACGACCCACUGCUCGCGGCGUCGCUUGACGUGCUGGGCGUGGAGGACGAGUGGGAGGUGGAAGUGGAACAGCGUGCUUCGUCUUCUUCUUCUUCUUCUAAGGUGGCGGCCGCUGCGGCGGAGGUCGGCGAGGCGCCGCCGGCGAAGGCGGCGAAGAGGAAGAGGCGGCGCGCGAAGGCGGUGAAGAACAGGGAGGAGAUCGAGAACCAGCGGAUGACCCACAUUGCCGUCGAGCGCAACCGCCGCCGGCAGAUGAACGAGUACCUCGCCGUGCUCCGCUCCCUCAUGCCACCUUCCUACGCCCAAAGGGGUGACCAAGCAUCUAUAGUUGGGGGAGCAAUCAACUACGUGAGGGAGCUGGAGCAGCUGCUCCAAGCCCUCGAGGUGAAGAAGAGCAUCAAGAAGCAGGGCGAUGGUGGCGGCGGCGAGUCCCCCUCUCCCUUCUCCGGCUUCUUCACCUUCCCGCAGUACUCCACCUCCGGCGGCCACCGCGGUGACGCCGUCCGCAGGUUCGGAAAGCCGGCAGAGGGCGCGGCGAUCGCCGACAUCGAGGCGAGCAUGGUGGAGGGCCACGCCGGCGUGAAGGUGCAGGCGCGGCGGCGGCCGAGGCAGCUGCUCAGGCUCGUCGCCGGGCUCCACCAGCUAGGGCUCACCACCCUGCAUCUCAACGUGACCACUGCCAAGGCCAUGGCCAUGUACUCUUUCAGCCUCAAGGUGGAGGAUGGAUGCAAGCUUGGGUCUGUGGAGGAGAUCGGAACUGCAGUGCAUGAGAUCCUGGAGAGGAUACAGGAGGAGCAGGCUUUUAGCUGAUGCCAAAACUAGCCUGUGAAUUGUAUUGCCUGCCGACUUCCCCCAAUGUGUCCCUGCUGGGAUUCUUGUAUGUAAUGGCACUUGGCUGUGCAGGCAUCAAUUGUUUAUUAAGAACUAGCUAGCUAGAAUAUAUAUAUUGAUAUAAAUUUGAUAUA